GCUGUCCAUGUGAGAAGGGAAUCUGAGAAGAGAAGGGCAGACACUUAAAGAGAGAGAAGAGUUUCCCACAGAGCAUGACCUCUGCCAAAGAAGACGGGGUGAGUGAAAGAACGGUGGACAUUAAAGAAGAGGACUGUGAGCGGCUCACAUCAGAGGAUGUGUGUGUGAAGCUGGAGGAUCACGAAGAAAGAAUUUCAGUUUUUAAAGAGGAGGAGGAGUGCAAGUGGGUGACUGCUGCCAUUAAAGCUGAGGAUUUGAAUGAAUUCUCUGUUGGCCUUGAACUUCAAAAGCAUGAAACUGAGGAUAUUUUCAAACAGGAGGCCUGUGAAGAAUCUCCAUCCAGUUUACAGCCCUGGUCCACUAAUACAAGACGACUGGCUACACAGGAGAAUUCUGCAGAGCUGAAAUCAGAGUUAUCAGAGUCUGAAGAGAAAAUCACUGAGGGAAAUGGGAGAGAAGGAGAAGAGUCACCUGGGAGUGUUGGAAUAAAUUUUCAGAAGAUUGGCAGCUUCUCUCCACCCUCAUUUGGUGAACCCUCUCUUCAAUACAAUGAGAAAGGUAUGAAUAUUCACACUGGAGGAAAAACAUAUUGUUUACAUGAAUGUAGUAAGUCAUUCUCAAGGAAAAGCAGUCUUCAGAACCACAGAAGAAGCCACACAGGAGAAAAUCCUUAUUGUUGUCCUGAAUGUGGUAAGCAUUUCCCAGAGAUCAAGAAUUUUGAUAAACACAAAAAAAAUCACUCUGGAGAGCAGAAACCCCAUUGCUGUAAAGAAUGUGGUAAACAAUUUUCAUCACGAUGCCAUCUUGAGAACCACAGAAGAAUCCACACAGGAGAAAAACCUCAUUGCUGUCCAGAAUGUGGUAAGUUGUUCUCACGUAAAAGCAAUCUUCAGUGUCACAGAAGAAUCCAUACAGGAGAAAAACCUUAUUGUUGUCCAGAAUGUGGUAAGUCUUUCUCAAGAAGAAGCCAUCUUCAGAAGCACAGAACAAUCCACACAGGAGAAAAACCUCAUUGUUGUCCAGAAUGUGGUAAGUUGUUCUCAUGUAAAAGCUAUCUUCAGAGUCACAGAAGAAUCCACACAGGAGAAAAACCUUAUUGUUGUCCAGAAUGUGGCAAACAAUUUUCUGACAAACGCAGUUCUCAAAGGCACACACAAAUUCAUAAUGGAGGGAAGCCAUAUUGCUGUUCAAAAUGUGGAAAAAGGUUUUUCAACAUCAACUGUUUCCGAGUACACUCACAAACUCACAUGGAAGAGAAAAUGCAGUAUGUAUGUUCUAAAUGUGGUAAAUGUUAUGCAAGCAAGAACAGUCUUUAUAGACAUUCCAAAAUCCAUACUGGAGAAAAAUCUUUUUACUGAUCUGAAUGUGGGAAAAGAUUCUUAGAUUUAUGCUCACUUCAGUGCCACGACAGAACUCAUACUGGUCUGAAACCUUAUUGUUGUCCUGAAGGUUAUACGCAAUUCUCACAACAAAACACCCUAAAGAGUCAAUCUGACUUCACACCAGAGACAAACUUCACUUUUGCUUGGAAUGUGGCAAACAAUUCUCACCCCUUAGUUCUCUGUAUAAGCAUAGGAGAAGUCAUACUGGAGAUGAGCCUUACAGUUGUACUGAAUGUGGAGUGCAAUUCUCAUAUAACAGUUCUCUUCACAAUCAUAAAAUAAUUCAUUCUUGUAAGAAACAAAGCUGUUCUGAGUGUGGCAAGCUCUUCUCAGACAGCACGACUCUUAAAGAUCAUAUGGGAAUUCACUCUGGAGAAAAACCCUACUGCUAUCCAGAUUGUGUCAAAUGAUUUUCACUUCCAAGCACACUUUGGUGUCACAGAAGGAUCCACAUUGGAGAGAAGCAAUACACCUGUUCUGAAUGUGGAGAAGUGUACUCUUCCAGACAAAGUUUUCAGAGACAUACACAAAGUCAUAUUGGAGUAAAUCCUGUCCCAGAAAUAACUAAUGAUCUUUUUAAUGAUGUGUAUAUGUAUGUAUGUUUCUGCAUCACUUCCAAAUGGCUAUUUCAUGAAAAUUACUCUAGCCAUUUGGAAGUGAUGCAGAAACAUACAUACAUAUACACGUCAUAACCAAUGAGGAAGAUGUGUACCUAAUAAAAAUACUGUAGGGUGAAAUCAGCCCUAACCCACCCCCUUCUGGGUUGGGUGGGGGGUGAUCUUGCAGUCUAGUAUGCAUGUUAUCAUCCAGUUGACACUCGGAAUGAUCAACAGAAGAUGAACUGGAGGCGACUGACAGCAUUCUUUAAGUUUCAGUACCACCUCUUCCCCUGUUGCGUUUGAAAUUAAAUAGAGUUGGCCGGGUUGUCAUCCCAACUAUUUUUUGGACACAUUCUAUCUUUGUGACUUGAACAGGCAUAUAUAUAUAUAUCUUAUAUAUAAACAUCUUCGUAUAAAAGUGUGUGUGUCUGUCCGGCCUGGAAGUAAGACGUAGAGUCGGGAUAAGAUAAAUAGAUACUUUAUUAAUCCCAAGGGGAAAUUCACAAAGGGCUCCAUCUCUGAGGAUACACACACGAGGCAAGCACACUGGCAAAAGGAAACCUCUGAAGAAAGACAGUCACUUAGCUGCUAAUGCACAAACAAUGUGAGCACUUCGGCAACACAAAUCCUCCUAGCAGAGAGAUGUCCAGAGUGUUUCUGACGAUUUUAAUACUUUCUAGAAUCUACACCGUUAGUGUAUAUAGAUAUAAAUAA